AUGACUACACCUACCGAGGUUGACGAUUUCGGUCUACCCAUCAGGCGCUUUCCAACUCCGAAGAACGAUGAGCCUACCGAGACAUCCAAAGAUGAGAAUCCUACUGCAACUCCAGUAGCAGAUACCUCGAGCGGUGAGCAACCGAUAGUGUCCGAGACGAAGAACGAUAAGUCCGGCGAUCAAACAACACCCUACGCCGUCGAAUCUGUUAAGGAUGACGACAAGAGCGAAACUUUUGAAGAUGCUCGAUCUGAACAGUCAAAUCCUAGCAAAGAUACUUCAAGCCCGCCUUUGGCCACGGACGAAACCCCCACACCAACUUUUAGCAAAACUCCAGGAAAGAUCGAGGCUACCGAGGCCAAAGAUAUCAGCGACCAGGAGCCAAAAGAUUCAAGAAAGACACAGUCAGAAAUUCCAGAGGCUUCCAGAGAGCAUACAGAUGUCGAUGUCGCUAUCAAGAACCAAGGGACUCCCAAGCCAGACGAUCCGACGCACAAGGGCUCAGUGGAAACACAACCAGAGGCAGCAGAUCUUGUCAAAGAGUCUACAGGUGACGAGGUAGCUGUCAGUAAGGAAGAGCCCCCUCAGCCCAACAAAGUCACGCCAACUCCUGUAUCGCCUACGCAGGCCAAUCGAAAGGAUGUUUCUGAGUUUUCCCACCAGAAGAUCUCUACCAAGCCAGAAGAACCUCAAAAAGGGGUGGAAGAGGAUGACUGGCAAGAAAUGCCUUCUUAUGCGCGAUACGAUAUGUACAACGACGACGACAAACUUGUGGCAAGGGAAUACGAUCCGGAACAGGAUGAAUCAUACGAAUAUGGAGGACUUGGAGGUGCUGGCAAGGGCUACACUCGGGUAACAUUGGACGAUGAUGCCGAGUCGGCAACAAGCAUGGACGACAAUACGAAAUAUCUCUUCAAGAGCGCAGCCGGAACCAGUAUGGUCGACGAUGAUGAAGGACGAGAUGCUAUCGGUCAGAUGCAAGCUACCAAAGAUCUCUUGACAGAAGGCCAAAGAGUUGCAUACGUUGGAUUGGUCCGUCUCGAGAUCGUCAGACUUGUGAAAGAGGCGGAAAAAAUGAAAUCGUUCAAGAAGACAAAGAAGGAGGUUGCUAUUUCAGUUGAAUCCAUGCUGAUGUGGGGUCAGAAAAUGAUGCUUCGACUGUACGCUCAUAUGGAGAUCAAUGAAGCUGAGCAGAUUAUGAUCGAACAGUUGGCAGAACAUGGAGUUAUGCCGCAGGACUUGGCGCCCGCGCUCAAUACUAAUGCUCGAGUAUCAAAUCCCAUGGCAGAUGGCGAGUCGUCGAUGCCAAGCACCCCAUCACUGGACGAGAAGCCUGCAGAGGCACCGCCGCCAUAUGAGGUGCUUGAUGGCGAGGAGCUCUCUGAGGUGAAGACACCAUCACAGCUCCCCACCACCGCAAAGAUCGAUAUUGAUCUUCGGUGGACUGUGCUUUGCGACCUCUUCCUCCUCUUGAUCGCUGAUUCUAUUUACGAUUCCCGCUCGAGAGUUCUCUUGGAGCGAGUUGGUGAGAGCCUCGAUAUCACGUGGGUAGAUAUCUGCCGUUUCGAGAAGAAGGUCACAGAGGCUCUGGAGAUGCAGCAAGCCGCCGAGAAGGAGAACUGGAACGAGGAAGAACACACGGAAACUCGCAGGAAGAACGCAUUGACCCGGCGAUAUGUGAUGAUGGGAUUGGCCACCGUAGGCGGUGGGUUGGUCAUUGGUCUUUCGGCAGGUUUGCUUGCUCCUGUCAUCGGUGCUGGCCUGGCUACCGGAUUAACAGCCAUCGGAGUGACUGGCACGGGAAGUUUCCUCGGUGGUGUAGGGGGCGCAGCCAUCAUCACCUCGGGCGCAGCAGCGUCAGGCAGUAUCAUCGGAGGCAGGGCUGCGGACCGAAGAACUGGCGCGGUUAGGACGUUCGAAUAUCGUCCCCUUCACAACAACAAGAGAGUCAACCUCAUUGUCACUAUCUCGGGGUGGCUGACAGGUAAGGUCGAUGACGUACGACUGCCAUUCAGUACGGUAGACCCUGUCAUGGGUGACCUCUACUCAGUGCUCUUCGAGCCUGAGAUGCUUCGGAGUAUGGGUGACACUAUCAACAUUUUGGCUACUGAGGCUCUUACACAAAGUAUCCAGCAAAUUCUGGGCACAACCAUACUAGCUGCUCUCAUGUCAGCUCUGCAGCUACCGAUAAUUCUUACCAAGCUUGCCUAUCUUAUUGACAACCCAUGGGCUGUCUCGCUUGACAGAGCCACCUCCGCUGGAAAGAUUCUAGCAGAUUCCCUGCUAGAACGUAACCUAGGAACACGGCCCAUUACCUUGGUUGGGUUCUCGAUCGGCGCACGAGUCGUUUUCUCUUGCCUUCAGGAGCUCAGCAAGAAGGGGGCGGUUGGUAUUGUGCAAAAUGUCUACAUGUUUGGCUCGCCUAUCGUGGUAAAGAAGGAGGAGUACGUUAAGGCCAAGACUGUGGCUUCCGGGCGAUUCCUGAAUGCGUACAACCGCAACGACUGGAUCUUAGGCUACCUAUUCCGACUCACGAGUGGAGGUAUCCGCCGGGUAGCAGGUCUAGCUCCAGUGGAGGAUUGUCCGUUUGUUGAGAACAUGGACGUAACGGAUCUCGUGAAUGGCCACAUGGAUUAUCGUCAAAAGAUGCCGGUAUUGUUGAUAAGAUGUGGAUGGUCUGUUGAGAGUGAAGAGUUCGCCGAAAUCGAAGAUCCAGACCCGGACAACCAUAAUGAGCGCCAAAGAGAACUGAUCAACGAGAUCGAAGAGGCACGCAAGAACCUCGAGAAAGAGGGCAAGGCCAAGAAGAGUGGGCGAUUCAGCUUCUUCGGCCGUCGAAAGAACGCGGAGAAACAGGACUGGGAAAUAUACGAAGACUCGAAGAAUAAGGGAGAAGGCAAGGAGAAGGCAAAGGAUGCGGAACAAGCCGACAGCAACACUGGUGUCCUUUUCGACAUUGAUGCAAUCCGUGCAGAAAUUGCCAAAGAUGCACGAGAUCACUAUGCUAGUCCGGAGGACCUGCAAGUCAAGGAGAUCAAAUCGACUCUGCCUCCAAUGAAGCUGGAUGUGUCCUCGCUUCCCGCCUCCCCUUCGGUGGUGGCCAAUGGCUCUAGAGCAGGCUCUCGGACGGAUCUGACCGGCGCACGAGACUCGCACGAUACUCGUGUGUCCCAGGAGAGGUCUCAUAGUUACACACCAAGCUACACCAGACAAGCAUCACCACCUGGGUACAGUUCACCGUACGGCGGAGGAUUUGGGUCAGGACACGGUGACGCAUACGGCUCGGACCGACAUGACGAGGACGACAUUCAGAUGACAUUCGAUACCUCGUUUGACGAUCAUCCGCGGUCAGCAACGGUAGCACCUACUGAGACGGCAGCAACUAGGCCACAGGUGAAGACGGCGCAGACACUGCCAACGAUGACAUUGCAUGAACCGUGGGGGGAUUCAGAUGAUGAUGAUUUUGGCAAAGAGAAGGAGAUUUCAAUGACAUUCGCCUGA